CAUCUUUUAUCUUAUCUCUCUCUCUCUCUCCCCUCCUUUUUCUCUGUUUCAAUGUUUUUCGGUGAUAAAAAAAAUAAAAGAGUUAAUAUUUUUACAGGACAAAAAGUUUUCUUUCCUCGAACCCUUUGAAAGAAAGUUAAAAAACAACGCGUCUUUCCCAACACAACGAACUUCCUUCAUAUCACUUCUCCCAAAAACCCUAACUCUCUCUCUCUAGAAACCACAUGCGCUCACUCUCCUUUUUCACUCCUAUCUUUUCAGUUUUUCCCCACCCUCUACUUUUUCUCUCCUUUAUUAUAUCACUCGAAUUCACUCUCUUGUUCUCCCCCAAAACUCAACUGUUUUCCGAUAGAUCUCUGCAAAUUAUUUGAUGGACGAUACAGAAAAUCCUGAUCCAGGGACCGAGUUCACCAGCGAGUCAAGCUGGACACUCGGGCCUGACUCGGAUAGAGCCAAUUGUUUCUUCUCUAACCACAGAGAGAACUCCAUACUCAGCGAAUUCGGCUGGAAUCUUCAAUCGGAUGAACCAGCCCGGUUUAUGGACCUGGAUCCGGUCGAAGCAGAAGAGAGGUCCGAUUUGGCGGGAAACAUAGAGAUUCAGCGAUUGCAAGGGGCAAGUCCGGCGGGGUCUGGUGGUGGCGCCGCUGACGUUUCAACUUCAAAUUACCCGUCAGUAUCAUCGAGCUCCAGCGAGGAUCAGCCCGACAAGUCUACGGGCUCCGGCGGGAAACCGCCUGAGAUACCGAGCACUAAGGUUAAAAAGAAGGGGCAGAAACGAAUCCGGCAGCCACGCUUUGCUUUUAUGACUAAAAGUGAAGUUGAUCAUCUUGAAGACGGAUACCGAUGGCGGAAAUAUGGACAGAAGGCAGUUAAAAAUAGCCCAUUUCCCAGGAGCUACUAUCGCUGUACAAAUAGCAAAUGCACUGUGAAGAAAAGGGUUGAACGCUCGUCUGAAGAUCCCGCCAUUGUGAUUACCACAUAUGAAGGCCAACACUGUCAUCAUACAGCUGGUUUUCCUCGAGGAGGAAUCAUCAGUCAUGAAGCUACAUUUGCUAGUCACAUGACUCCUCCAACGUCGCAAUUUUUUUAUCCCGGGAUGCAGUUACCCCGAGAAAAUCCUCCAAGUACUGUGGUACAGUCGCAACCGUUGCCAGUUGGAGCAAGAGAGUGCAACACAGUGCCCACGCGAACUCCCCAACUUCCAACAGAUGAAGGACUGCUUGGGGACAUCGUACCUCCUGGAAUGCGUUGAUCAAAUUGGGAAAGGGAGUUGUCCAUAUAGUGCAGUGAUCUUGUGUGCCCCAAUGUUCCUCGAGGCGGGCGGCGAACCUGAUUUUUUAACCCGAAACAUGUCCUUCAGUUUUCUGAGACUCUUCCGUAUAUACUCACCGGCAGUAUCUGACAUUGAUAUGUAUAUGUGCGCGCGCUUCUGCAUCAGGUAUUUGUUGCUCAUGGUAAUGCGCCCUUGGCCCCUUAGAGAGAGGGUAUUUAUGUCAUAUCCACUUUUUGAUUAUUUGUGCAUGUAGAUUUCCAAGUUAAUAUAUAUACUGUACAGCGAGUUCGUGUUACUUGCUUUGCAGGUACAGCAUGUGUUCUGUAAUGUAAUAUAAAAUAAUUUUUAAAGAUGAUUUUUAAUUGAAACUAUAUAGAAAUAAUUUCUUUUUA